UUCAAGGAAUAUUUGGAAUACCAAAGAUUGGAAAGCGAUUCUCCAAGCAGAUCAGAGAUGUUUACUAAAGUUCAAUUCUUCAUCUUCGUUCUCGGGAGCGUGCCUUUCAUAGCACUUGCUGAAGAAGCAAGCUCAGUUCUAGAAGGAGAAGAAACUGCAACAACUGAUUUGCGAGAGAGAAAUUACACAGAAUUUGAGGAAUUACCAACCCUGUUGCCCACAAGCCCACCCAGUGUAACCCAUCUCUUGCAGUUCGGACAGCUGAUGACCACAGAAAGUGCGUUUGCCCCAGCCGAUGUCAGCGACAAUGCCACCGGUUAUGAAGCUAACACACCAAGCGUGGAUGGUGGACUGAGCAGAGAUGCAGAGAAAACUGAGAAAGGUGGUCUGGAGACAAUUGCACUGGUUGGAAUAAUUAUCGGAAUCAUAGUUGCAGUCGGAAUCCUCGCAGGAGUAAUAAUUGCUGUUGUAAGGAAGAUGUCAGGCAGGUACUCGUAA